AUGUUUGUCGGUGACAUCGAUCCUACCAUCCUCGUCCAGAGAGCGAGUCCACUGCUUGUCGAGAGCAGUUCUGUCCGAAGCCGUGCUGGAGUCUCAAGAGUAGGUGGUUCUGUUCCAGGAACUUCAUUGUUGCUCUCUUAAUUAUGAUUUCGAUUAUUUCACUGCAAAUGAGGGUGAGACUAACGGGCCAGUAAUUGUUGACAAGGAAAGUUCAGCGCACUUCCGCCCACGCUAAGCCGCGUCGUGUCACAACUGGAAAUGUAAACGCAUCUCACGGACACCUUUGUCCUUUGCCCUUUGCUUUGAACUAGAUGAUAAUUUCUCUUUCGCCACGUUUGACAUGUCUAGAUGUCCGUCGUCGUUGGUAGUUUCCCACUUUUCAGUGAACGGCCGUUGCGAACUUUAUUGCACGAGGCUGAUGACAAAUAAUUACAAACGUCCAUUUGCCGGUUUUGCCUUUUCAAGGUUAAGGUAAGUAUGGCGACAACCCGCCUUCGUUCGGUGUUUUGUUUUAGUCAAUCCACAAUGAACCAUCCAAUGAUAUUGGGCCACUCCAACGUAUGCCGGUUAAAUGCCCGACGUGUGUUGCUGUCGCGCGAUCAUGUUCGGCGUUUUGGCUGUCUUUCUUUGUGCACAGGUGGCUUGUGCUGCCGAUGUCUUGCCCCUAACGACUCAUGAUUUUGAUAGUAAACUCAAGGAAAAUGAUAUAACACUUGUAAAAUUCUACGCACCAUGGUAACUCACGACGGAUAUAAUUACCAGCUCGUUAGGUGUGGACAUUGCAAACGCCUAGCACCAGAGUUUGAGGCGGCAGCCUCACAGCUGAAAACAAGCCGACCCAACGUUCAGCUGGCCGAAGUCGACUGCACCACCGAGAAGGAUUUGUGCGAUCGUUUCGGAGUUAAUGGCUAUCCAACACUAAAAAUAUUCCAAAAAGAAGAUAUCGGGUCCCCAGAGGACUACGAUGGGGGACGAGGAAGAGGUACAUUCGCCUGUUUUCAGCGUCACUUUCUUUAGACGAUAUAGUUAAUCACAUGACUAUGUUUGCAAGUCCAGCCUCGAUUGAAUUCACAUCUCUCGCCGAGAUGAAGAAUCUUUUGCCCGUUGAUCGACCCGUUGUUACAGCACAGUUGAUAGGGGAUUCGGAUGCUGUGGAUGAGUUUCACAAGUGCGCCAAAAAACUUAAGCGCGUGGCUACGUUCAUGCACACUAGUGAGAAAAUCCUCGAUGGCGCCAAGGACCUGUACUCCUGCCCCUUCUUUAAAUUGAAUUACACCAACUUUUUAGUGUGUUGCAGUUACGGACGCCGGAGCGGUACCGCUCGAAGCUCGAACAGGAUAUUCUUUCCUACGAUGGAGAGUUCAGUGCCGAUGUUCUGGAAUCUUGGAUCACACAGAACGCGUAAGAGUCUGCCUAUAAGUAGAUUUUGUUUUCAGGUUUGGUGUUGCUGGAGUGAGAGAUACCGAAACUGCGAAGUACAUGUCGGAACUCCCUAUGGUUAUUGUCUAUACUAAGAUCGAUCUGGACCGUGCUCCAGCUGACUUCCGCUACUGGCACAAUCGUAUAGUUAGGGCGGCUCAGGAGAGCGGAACCAAAAUGAAAUUUGCUGUCAGCGACCCUUCACUUUUCUACCAGGAAGUUUCUGAUCUUGGGAUAAUGGACAUCGACAAGCGGAAGACGCCACUUGUCACCAUCACUAACAAGGAGGGUCAACAUUUCCUCAUGGAUGAAGACUUCAGGUAAUUACCCGUUGUCAUACAUUACGUCGUUUUCAGUGUCGAGUCGGUCAAAAAGUUCCUCGAGAAAUUUUCGGCCGGGUUGCUGGAGCCCUACGUCAAAUCUGAACCGAUACCAACUCAGAAAGAUGGACACGUCACAAAGGUGGUCGCGAAGAACUUUGAUGAGGUCGUGCUUGAUCCGAAUGUGGACGUUUUGAUCGAGUUCUAUGCACCUUGGUGCGGUCAUUGUAAACAACUGAAGCCGAAGUACGAUAAAUUGGCGGAGAAGCUGUCGUCCGAGAAAAACGUUGUAAUAGCUGCCAUGGAUGCUACAGCCAACACAGUGUCACCAUUAUUCUCAGUCACUGGCUUUCCAACUAUCUAUUGGGUUCCCAGGAACUCGAAAGGCAAGCCUGUUAUGUACCAGGUAAUUUCACGUUAAUCUACUAAAUGUCUGCUGCCAGGGCGACCGAUCUACGGAGGCCAUGUUGGCAUAUGUCGCAAAACAUGCUACAAAUGAACUGACCGGUUACGAUCGCAGUGGCUCCCCGAAGAAAGUUGAAUUGUAG